GCUGGAGAAGGGAUCUGUGUCUAGAGGCUUUCCUCCAAUGGCUGUUACAUGGCUUCAGGCUUCUCAGAAAAGCCUGAGUGGUAGUGCUUGAGUUUGGCAGACAGACUCCAAGGAGAGGUGUAAGAAGACCCAACGGGCAUAUUCCUGGAAAAAUCCGACACAUGCACAGCUAGAGAAAGAGAAAAGGGAGAAAAGACCCAGAGAAGAAUCUGUCAUGUUCCAUUUACUCUUUGCUCCAGGACUUUGUUCCUGUUGGACUGCAGUGUUUUGCACUAGCAGGGACUAAAGGACUUGUUCUUUCUCUGCUGCUGUUUUGUUUUAGGGGUUUCGGCACUGUGUGCAUGGCAGUGGAGACUGCCACAGGAGAAGAGGUGGCCAUCAAGAAAAUUAGUCUCCUGCAAGAGAGCAGCAGCGAGCUGUGCCUGAAUGAAAUCCAGGUCAUGCGUGGCAGUAAGAAUGCCAACCUUGUGAACUAUGUAGACAGCUACCUGGUGGAUGAGGAACUCUGGCUGGUGAUGGAAUACAUGGACGGAGGUUCUUUACAUGAUGUCAUCAGGGAGACUCGCAUGGCAGAAGGAGAGAUAGCAGCUGUCUCUCGGGAGUGCCUGCAAGGCCUGGAUUUCCUGCACUCCAAGCAAGUGAUCCACCGAGAUAUCAAAAGCCACAACAUUCUCCUGGGCUUGGAUGGAUCAGUCAAGUUGGCUGAUUUUGGCCUUGCUGCUCAGCUCACCACCGAGCAGAACAAACGGAGAUCAGCUGUUGGAACAACUUACUGGAUGGCGCCAGAAAUUUUCACCAGGAAGCCCUACGGCCCCAAAGUGGACAUCUGGUCCUUUGGCAUUGUGGGGAUCGAGAUGGUGGACGGAGCGCCUCCGUACCUGAUGAAAACCUCCCGCACGGUACGCUGCAGCUGCUCUCAGACACUGCUGUCACCCCAACAAAAUCUGCUUCCAUUCUUCUGCCUGGGAAGCUUGCCAACACCUGAAAAUGAUAGGUUCCAGGCUGCACAGUCUCUCGUGCUUCUUGGCCAGAUCAUCCCCUUGCCAUUUUUGUGCAUGAACAGGACCUAAAAAUCAGGAUGCCUUUUGCUUGGCAGAAGCUUUGCCUAAGGGAGCAGUGAGCAGUGCUGAGCUGCAUUUUAUGGAAUAAUCCUUGGAAAUAGAAGAGUUAGAUGAAAGUCAGUCUUCCAUGUCACUUGUAGAGGCUGUGUCAGUGCUCAGAGAAGCAAAGUGUGCUUUAGCUGAUGGAGCUGCUGCUGAUUCCAUCAUCCAGUGAAAUGAGUGGUCAAGGCAAGAGCCUUUGCCUACUGGACUGGCUAUGGCUGCCUCUGGCUUUGGGUUGUUUUAGUAGGGGUAGGAAAGGUAUCUGCCACCCUGUGGCAGGGAGUAAAGUGCCACUGCAGAGUGGAGCUUGUCCAAUGGGCUCUGUGUGAGCA